GCCGCAGCCGCAAGCAGCAAAAGAAUAGAAAAUGGAAGCAGCCGCGCUGCGCUGACCGCACGCUCCACCUCUUACUUCAACGCCCACCGGGAGGAGGAGGAGGAGGUCAUGGCGACGACGAUGCUGAGGCAGCCCCUCCCCCUCUUCUCGUUCUCCUCUUCUUCUUCUCCCCCUAUUUAUAGGGCGCUCGCGCGGCUCACCAGGCAGAAUAGCCAUUGUUUUGUGUUCAUCUCGCGUCCAGGAAGACAAGCUCAAGCUGUACAAGUAGCGCCAACACCAGACCUCUUUUGUUCCUGGUCAUCCUCUUCCUCCUGAUUCUUGUUGUGACGGCCGUCUUCUUGCUCCCACCAGCGAUCAUGUCUUCGUCUUCCUCCUCCGUGACGUUCGAGAAUCCGAGGAAGGUGGUGAAGAAGGUGCUGUCAUUGUCCCAGUCCGAGGGGGACGGCGCCACCGUCCGCCGGAGCAUCGGCCGGCACGAGCUCCGGAACCUGGACCCGUUCCUCCUGCUCGACGAGUUCUCCGUCUCCAAGCCCGCCGGCUUCCCCGACCACCCUCACCGUGGCUUCGAGACCGUCACCUACAUGCUCGAUGGGGCCUUCACCCACCAGGACUUCUCUGGCCGCAAGGGCACCAUCAGGACCGGAGAUGUGCAGUGGAUGACGGCGGGGAGUGGCAUCGUGCACUCAGAGAUGCCGGCAGCAGACGGAGUGCAGAAAGGCCUGCAGCUCUGGAUCAACCUCGCCUCCAAAGACAAGAUGAUCGAGCCGCGGUACCAGGAGCUCGAGAGCAAGGACAUUAGCCAGGCCGAGAAGGACGGCGUGGCGGUGCGGAUCAUCGCUGGGGAAGCAUUUGGGGUGCGGUCGCCGGUCUACACGCGGACGCCAACCAUGUACAUGGACUUCACAAUGCAACCAGGUUCGCAGCUCCACCAGCCAAUCCCCGAGGGCUGGAACGCCUUCGUGUACGUCAUCGAGGGGGAGGGCGUGUUCGGCAAGGAGAAUGCAGCGCCGGCGAGCACGCACCACUGCCUUGUGCUUGGCGCGGGGGACGGGCUCAGCGUGUGGAAUAGGUCAGGCGCACCGCUGCGGUUCACCCUUGCGGCGGGGCAGCCGCUGAACGAGCCGGUGGUGCAGCAGGGGCCCUUUGUCAUGAACUCGCGUGCCCAGAUCCAGCAGGCCAUGGAGGACUACUACUACGGCCGCAACGGCUUCGAGAAGGCCAGCCAGUGGAGCUCCGCCUGAUUCUCAUCGGUGUCUCGCCGUGAUGAUGAUCAACAUCUGGUGCAUUGUUGUGCAAAAUAUUGGGAGGGAAAGGGAAAUUGCAUUGUACCAUUAUAUUUAUGCCUUUGUGUAGAACGUAGAACUAGUCUUGUUUUUCUUUGAUUUUUUUACUUGUUUAUAAAAGAAUCUGAUGCAAUAAAAGUGUGUAAUGAGGAGGAACUUAUUAA